AUGUCGGCCAUGCGCCCUCCAAGUCCUUCGAGGGUAUCUCCUGUGAGGAUCAAUCUACUAGAUGAUCCUGAAGUGCGUCCACGGCUGGCCUCUCUGAUGAACCGCGAGGUGAUGACAGCCAGGACUCGGCGAGGAUCCAUUGCCGCCGAUCGGUCACCUCAUCGUCGUGCUGCAUUCCGGCGGUUGACCAGGAGGAACUCGCAGUUUAAUGGUCCUGGUAGCUUCAGUCUCGGUCGCCACACACGCGUCAACGACAUUCUAGCCACCUUCGGCGAGGAGGAGACCAUCACAUCGCGGCGUCCUUCAUCUCUUCCUGGAGGCUUAGAUAGCCUGGGCCAUGGAGGAGCUGGGCUUGGCUACCUCCAGGACCGUUGGAAAGACUUGGAGUCUGCCAUGCAACCACAGCUGCGGAACCGAGCGCUGACAGAGGAUCUGCGCAGGGAUCUUGUGCAAUUCGCGGCCCCAGACCAGGAUCUUAAUGCUUUGGUCAAGGAGGGCUUCAUCACUGAGGACUUUUCGCGCCUGGUGUAUGACAAAUUUAAGAAUGAGGACGAGCCCGAGUUUCUGCACGACCUGCAGCUGGAGAAAUGUGGUGGGCUGAAUGCGGUGAGGGAGCUUGAUUCUCCACAGAAGUACUUCUGGUUCUUCGUUCUGAUCAUAUCUGUGGUCUUCAACAUCUGGUACCUCAUACACCUGGACUGGCAAAUCUUCACGACGUACUUCAGAGAAGUCUUCCACACGUGGGACCUGCAUGGCAUUGCAGUUCGCCUCUCCAAUGGUGGUGGCAGCCAGUCCAAGCAAGACAUUCAGGCAGAGCUCUUCGAUGACCCAAUGUUCAAGGGCAGCAUCUUCGGCAUGAUCUCCGAUCCCACGACACGAUUGACGAUCGUUACUGCCGCAGUGAUGGUUUCGAUUUGGGAGGUUGGCUGGCUGAUGACGCAACUGGUCUGGGUUGUCUACAUCUUGUACAUGGCAUGUUGUGAGCAGUCGGAGUACAAGCGAUACAACGCUAUUGGCUACUUCUUUCAAACUCUCCUACCCCAGGCAAGCACGUUCUCUGCCGUCAAACUGAUGGCACGGGUGCACCCUUCUCUGAUCCUGAACGAGUAUCAAGACUGGGUGACAUCGUUUUCUGAGCGUGGCCUGUGCGGGCACAGACGGAACACGAUUGGCUACAUCAUGCUGACCAUGUCGUUCAUCAUCUUCCACGCAUUCUGUGCCACCGCUGCUGUUAGCGCAUUCUCGGUCAAGAUGCUGGCAGUGAGUUUCAAAGUUGUGAACCCUGACAUCUCUUGGUGGUAUCGUCUUUUCAGCAUCCUUGCCACUCUGAACCAGAUCAUGGGUGCGGUCUACAUUGAUCGUCUCCUGCAGGAUCGGGUGUUCCUUUUCGUCUUCGGUGGGCGCGACUCCACAUACGAGGACGACGAGCUUGCCUACAAGAACGCCUACAUGACCCGACUGGUCAGAGAGAUUUGGGUGGAAUACUGGCAGCAAGGGUACUACUUCUCAGCCUUGGUCUUGCUUGCAACCUUCGACCAUUACGAUCUUCAAUGGCUGAUGAUUGAGCCUACAGACGAGGACGACGAGAACUACAUGCUCCAACGGCUGGGCCUUGCCUCACCGAAACGAGCCGUUUCGGCGCCCGCUGAGGGGUUGACUGCACGCCCAAAGAAGGCUGCAUCUGGACUUGACCAUACAACCUGGUGGGAGAAUCUUUGGACCAUGUUGGGUUGCCACUCCAUCAGCCGAGUUAACUCGAGCCCGGACCUGGAGACCGUUCAGGAGGAGUACCACGAGUCGCCUGUGAACUCGCUGCAUUCAGCGAGAAAGGAUGAGGACGGGGAUGCUGCCCAGGAUGUUGAUGGAGACGAGGUCAGAGAGGCGGAGAAGAUCCCUGAGCAUGUGAAUGUUGAAGUUCGUACUUGGCGAUCGUUAUCCGAGAAUCUGUCGCACAAGGCCUCGAAGCCCAUGCAAGUCAGCCUCAAGCUGCCCUCAUCUGAUGCGUUGGGCCCCGUUGCCAGCGAACGAUCCGGACAGGACGAAAGUGCUCUGUCAGAAACUCCACGCACGAAACACAGCUGGAUCAGUGACCAGGAUCCUAUCAGCGAGUCGUCGCAGCCGCUGCUUUUCCCUGUCCAGGACCCAGCAGGAUCUGAGUCUUUGAUGAGCCGGGAGUCAACAAGUUCAUUUGGCAUGUCAGCCAUUGCUCGAGCGGUUGAGAGCAGGUGUAAUGCAUGGGGGGAUAGUUGGAAUGGCUGGACAGAAGGAGUCGCCCACAAGCGGACCGGCUAUCUGGCCUGGGCUGACGGCUGGAGUGACACUGGAAUUCCGAUGUCCAGGUCAGACACCAAUGAUGUCGUCGACCUGGAGCACCUCUUCACGAGCCAUGAGGUGGACCGGGACAGCCAUGUCGACCCGACGGGCGAUUCCCUGGUGUGA